UUCCCCACAACCACCAAACUUAACGGUCAAAAACUUUUGAAAAAAAAUAAUCUUCAACAGUUCAACCCAGCCAAGUUGCCAACCCAUAUCUUUAUUUAUUUAUUUAUUUUUUAAAAGGUCUUUCCUCUUGUCCUUUUUCCCUCUCCUUUCAAAUUUCUCACUCCCUCUCAAGCCCUAAAACGUACACAUCUUUAAUCAAACAUAUCUAACGAAAAGCAAAGAUUUUUCCACUCUAAUGCAGGAUUUUGUUGGAUCGGUUCGCCGAUCCUUAGUCUUUAGGUCCUCGACCUCUGGCGACGAUGCCGGUGGAAGACUCGGAGGCUUUGUUGAGAAGAUCGGUGCCAGCAUUCGCAGAUCGCGAAUCGGCUUGUUCGCUAAGCCCCCGGCGCCGCCCGCUCUUCCUCCUGUUAAAAAAACGGAUGCUCCGGCUAUCAGGUGGCGGAAGGGCGAGUUGAUUGGUUGUGGAGCGUUUGGUCGGGUUUAUAUGGGGAUGAAUCUUGACUCGGGCGAGUUACUAGCGGUUAAACAGGUUUUGAUUGCGGCAAAUGCUUCAAAGGAGAAAACGCAGGCUCAUAUUAGAGAGCUUGAAGAAGAAGUGAAGCUACUACAGAAUCUAUCACAUCCAAACAUAGUUAGAUAUUUGGGCACUGCAAGGGAGGACGAUUCGUUGAAUAUUCUAUUGGAGUUUGUACCGGGUGGAUCCAUUUCCUCACUUUUGGGAAAGUUUGGAUCUUUCCCUGAGUCUGUUGUAAGGAUGUAUACAAAACAACUUUUGUUAGGACUGGAAUAUCUUCACAAGAAUAGAAUUGUGCAUAGGGACAUCAAGGGGGCAAACAUUCUUGUGGAUAACAAGGGUUGCAUCAAACUUGCAGACUUCGGUGCAUCUAAGAAAGUUGUCGAGUUGGCUACAAUAAAUGGUGCCAAGUCAAUGAAGGGAACUCCGUAUUGGAUGGCUCCUGAAGUCAUCCUCCAAACUGGGCAUAGCUUCUCUGCCGAUAUAUGGAGUGUUGGCUGUACUGUGAUUGAAAUGGCUACUGGAAAGCCCCCAUGGAGUCAACAGUAUCAGGAGGUUGCUGCUCUCUUCCAUAUUGGGACAACUAAAUCUCAUCCACCAAUUCCUGAGCAUCUGUCCUUUGAGGCUAAGGACUUUUUGUUAAAAUGCCUACAGAAGGAACCAGGAUUGAGACCUAGUGCAUCGGACUUGCUGCAGCACCCUUUUGUCACUGGGAACUAUCAGGAACCUCAUGCAGUGUUUCGUAGCUCAAUUAUGGAACCUGGAAAUCUGGUGAUGACAUCUGGGAUAAACUUGAGGAGCUCCAUAAAUUCUGAGAUCAGGCCAACCUGCACAGGUUUAAAGGGUGUUUGUGAAAUGGGUAGUCUGAUGUGCUCUACAGUAUAUCCUGGGAAAUUAUCAGAACCAGGAUCCUAUUGGAGGGCAAGCAGUUGUGAUGAUGACAUGUGUCAGAUAGAUGACAAAAAUGAUCUUGAAUUUGGCGCUUCAGUAAAGUUCAACUCUGUUUUAGCAUCUGCUGACUUGAAUAAAAGCUUUAAUCCCAUGUCCGAACCCACUGAAGAUUGGCCAUGCAAAUUUGAUCGAAGUUCUGAGAUAAGCAGAAAUGGAGUAAAUUUGUCUUUGGUUGAAGCAUUGGAAGCUUCUGCCAGUCCUGGAAUGUAUGGUAAGGAGCAGAAUGAUUUCACUUUUCCAUGUGGACCAGCAGCAGGUGAUGAUGAUGAAGAAGUUACAGAGUCAAAAAUUAGAGCCUUCCUGGAUGAAAAGGCUUUAGAACUGAAGAAGCUGCAAUCUCCUCUGUAUGAAGAGUUUUACAACACAUUGAAUGGUGGUCUUCCAACUCCUGUUGGAACUGCAAAUGGUGAAAAUAUUUUGAGCUUACCUCCUAAAAACAGGUCACCUAAGCGGCUUCCUAGCCGAAGACUAUCUGCAGUUGCUGAUGCUGCCAAGGUAGCAAGCCCAAAGAGUCAUACCAAUCAUUUGUCAAAGACUGCUGUUGUUCAUGAUAGGACUCUGCAAGAAAUUCAGCCACCUUCUGUUGGGGAAUGGAAAGGGCUCAAUGCCCAGCCGGAGACAAUCAGUCCUAGCACAAGCUUUUCUGAGAGACAGAGGAGAUGGAAAGAAGAGCUUGAUCAAGAGCUUGAAAGGAAGAGAGAGAUGUUGCGCCAGGCAGGUGUUGGUGGGAUGACAUCAUCUCCAAAGGAUAAGUUUCUAAUUCGACAAAGAGAACAAAUACGGUUUGCAUUUCCUGGCAAGUAAAAGAAUGCAACUCACCUGCACUUGUGUCAGUGUCUAAUGGAUAUAUAUAUAUAUAUAUAUAUUGCCAUUCCAUUAGGUUUUUUCAUUUCAGUAUUCUAUUUUUGGUGAGAAUGGUGCCGAUAAUUUGUAGCGGUCACUUCAUUAUACAUAUGCAUGAGUAGCAAGGCAGUAUAAUCUUCUUCCAUGUGGUAUCAUGCCAUUGUUGUUCAGCAAAAGAAAUUUAAUAUAAGCAUUUGUG